AUGACUUUGACAUCGGGUACUGAGCAACAUACUCCUCCGGCAUGUCCCUUGCACGCGCACACCCCAACCGACACAGAAUCCCUCUCGACAGUGAGCGAAACAAGCGAGAUUACCUACCCAGAAGGUGGCCGCGAUGCCUGGCUUGUUGUCUUUGGCUCUUGGUGCGGCCUCACUGCCUCUCUGGGCAUUUACAACGCCUCUGGUGUUUUCGAAGCCGUGGUAUCCAAAGUGCUCCUACCCGACACCGCACCCUCCACCAUUGGCUGGAUCUUCUCCAUAUAUGCCUUUGUGACCUGGUUAUGUGGGGUACAGAUUGGGCCAACAUUUGACGCGAUGGGGCCCCGAGCACUCAUGAUUGCUGGCUCAGUUUGUACGCUGGGUGGGAUAUUCGCGCUGAGCUUCUGCACGGAGUACUACCAGAUCCUCCUCUCCUUCUCCCUCCUCACAGGGAUUGGCUCUUCCCUUCUCAUAACGCCCGCCAUGGCUUGUGUGGCACACUGGUUCAUGGCCCGCCGCGGUCUCGCAAGCGGAAUCGCAUUUAUAGGCAGUGGUUUCGGCGGCGUCCUCUUCCCGCUGAUGGUCCAGUCCCUUCUGCCGCAAGUUGGCUGGGUCUGGUCCCUCCGGAUCCUGGGGUUUACCCUCCUCGUCCUUUGUGGCUUUGGCGUAGCAUUCUGUCGCUCUCGCGUCCCACCCCGCAAAGGGAGCCAGACGACCUGGCGCGAUACAUUCCCCGACCCGCGCAUCUUCCUCGAUGGGACGGGGGCUAUGGCUGCUACAACUGCGGGGGUUCUAUUCACGGAUCUCGCGUACUUUAUCCCGAUCACGUAUACGCCGAGCUACUAUCUGGAUCGCCAGGGCCUUGCUGCGGGGACUGGAACAGAUGCAGCACUAACCGGCUCCGCGGCGCUGGCAUACCAGCUCCUCGCGAUUCUGAACGCAUCCUCGUGCCUCGGCCGUCUAGUCGCGGGUCAUCUCGCCGACCUCUUCGGUCGCUAUAACACGAUGAUCAUCUCGCUGCUCCUCUGUACCCUCUCCAUAACAUGCCUCUGGCUCCCGGACAUCCUCACUCCACCCGCAACCGCAGUCCCAACCCCAACCAAAGGCUCGACUCCGCCACCGCUCUUCACUCUCUUCACGAUCCUCUUCGGCUUCUGCAGCGGCUCAAACGUCAGUCUGACACCCAUCUGCCUGGGCCAGCUCUGCGACACGCGCGACUACGGGCGGUACUAUGCGAGCUGCUAUACCGUUGUUGCGUUUGGGAUGCUUGGGAGUAUACCAGUUGCUGGGGCGUUGUUGGAUGCGGUAGAUACCGAAGGGAGGGGGAGGUAUGUGGGUGUUGCUGGGUUUGCGGCGGCGUGUUACGUGGUUGCUUUGGGGUGUUUUGUUUGGGUUCGUGGAAGUGUCAAGGGGUGGGGAAUCAGGGUGAGGUGGUGA